UUUGACUGUCAUUGGAUGCUUUUCUGCAUCCUCGGACGACGCCGACGCUAGAGGCCGACUCCGCAUUAUCGCGCGAUAUUUGAAUGUUUUCUAUUUUCAUUUGCUGAAUGAAAUUGUUUUUAUUUUUCGCAUACUUACUAUGAUCCGGACAUCGUACCGCGAUUAUUAAAUAUUAUCAUUUUCGUUGACAUUGUGAUAAAACUGAUAAACUUUUGUUUUGUAUAUGAUAAUGUGGAACGCGUGGUAUUGGACCUAAAUUUAUUUUUUAUAUAUACCUAAUUAUAUAAAAAUUUUGUGAUAUUAGUGCUGUUUUGUAUAAAUUUUAACUAAUUUUAACUAUGAGUGACAUUUUUUUAGUGUAUUUCCUGAUUGUCAUCAUGAAUUUUGGAAUUGUUUUGAACGAUAAAUCUACAAAAAACCUUCAUCACAACACAAGCUAUGAUCUCCAAAUAGAAUCCACCCUAUCACCGUUGAACCACUCGAAACACAAAGAUUCCACUCCAGAAUACACAGACUGGUCUUUCUGGAGCAGAUGCUCUAACUGCUUGCAGAGGAGAAUGAAAGAAUGCAUCAACUACUCCUGUAGAGGUUCCAGAAUAUACGAAGAACGCUCUUGCAACAAAAAAAGAUGCAAACGAAAGUCCAGGCAGAAGGACCAUUUCCAAAUCGUGCAUUUAGAUAAGAAUAGCAACUAUUUGAUGAAACAGGGUCCGUCGGACAUUUGGAGCAAGUGGUCGGAAUGGUCGGCGUGUAGCAGGAAUUGCAGGACGUUUAGGACGAGGAAAUGCAAGAAGUCCAGCAGAUGCGGGAAGAAAUUUCAAAAAGAACACGCGUACUGUUAUCACAAUAAAUCCAAAUGUGAAGUUUAUGUACUUAAUCUUAUGGGCAAUAAUAGUAAUCACAAUAGUAAUAAUAAUGAAGCCAGAAGGUACCAGUAUGAUAGUAAUCCCCAAAAUACCACUAUGAAGCCACCCAGAAGGAAGGUGAGGGUAAAAAGAUGUGGUGUGCCUAACAGAAAAGGCAGAAUGUUACGAAUCAUUGGUGGCAUCGAAGCCAGAAGAUAUAAGUGGCCUUGGCAUGUGGCUAUUUUAAAUCAAUAUAGAGAAGUAUUUUGCGGCGGUACCCUCAUCUCGCAGCGCUGGGUCCUGACGGCCAACCACUGCAUCAGGAAAUUCCUGCGGGUUCGUCUCAACGCGCACGACCUUCGCGCCACCGACGGUAGCGACAUCGAAAUGACAGUGUUCAAAAUGUUCCCCCACCCCAAGUUCAACUACAAAACCGUCGACAACGAUAUAGCCCUCUUAAUGUUGCCUAGGGCCGUUCACACGCCUACCGCUUGUUUGCCCAAUCGUCAACCGAAGACCAGACAAGUUUGUUCGGUAAUGGGUUGGGGGAAAGUAGAUCCGGAGAAUAUCUAUGGAGUUCCAGUAUUACACGAAGCUAAGCUUCCGAUAGUCCCUCAACGAACCUGCAGAAAAUCCUACAAACAGUUCCUAAUCAGCGACAACAUGCUGUGCGCUGGAUGGUACUCCGGCAGAGCCGACACCUGUGCGGGAGACAGCGGCGGUGGCCUCAUGUGCCCCUCCAAAAGAAACAGAAGAACCACCUACAGUGUUCAAGGCAUCACUAGUUUCGGUGAUGGUUGCGGCAGAAAACAAAAAUACGGAAUUUACACCACGGUUUAUAAUUAUGUAGGAUGGAUAAAGUACAUUAUCGAUCAUUAUUCUUAGUGAUAUAAAAGAGCGGGCCUUGCGGAAUACCUGUUUGAAAUUUUCAUAAAGACGUAGAAUGUUUGGAAUUGAAGUAGAAUGACGGAUAUUGUUUUUUAACUAGUUUGAUGUUUUAAUGUACAAUGGUGUAUACAGAAUUAACCUAGAAAUAUCCCAAACAUGUCAAAUAUGACGUGAAGUCUGUUAUCAAAUAUUUACUUUAAAAAAACAAAAUCUAUACACCCAGUUCUUUCAGUAGUUAUUUUUCAUGAAGUAUUCCAGGACAACUUUGAGACGUUGCCACUUUUGCGAAAAAUAUGAGGUUUUGGUGAUUUUAUCAUUUUGUUUCCAUCAAUUUUAAUGACAUAUGAAACUUGAACUCCAAAGUUAUCAUUCAAUGCAAAUAUUAUAACGAGUGAUUCACAAAAAUGUUUCUAAAGAUGAC